AUGGGUCUCCACUCACACAUCGUCGUGCAAGAGCACGAGCUCUACGGUUUCCAAUGCCGCGGGCUGUUCGCGCACAGCUUUAUCGCUCAAGGCGAGGUCGUUUGCGAUUGGGACGAAGGAGAGAUUCGCGGGUACCACGCAUCUGACUUAUCAGCGGAACCCGAUAAGGAGAAGCGCGAGACAAUGAUUCGUUAUGCGUACAUGGUCGGUGACGACUUGUACGACACGACAGCCGACCCCGAGGAUGACCCGAGCUUUUAUUACAACCACUCGUGCGACCCUAACACGUGGUACGCUAACCCACGUUGCAUGGUCGCCCUGCGCGACAUUCAGCCGGGCGAGCACGUCACGUACGACUACGCCUGCACGGAGACGGAGGGUAGCAUGCACGCCGGCCUGCGCUGCCGCUGUGGCGCCGCGUGCUGCCGCGGAACGCUUAACUUCACCGAGUGGCGCUCGCACGACUGGCAGCGACGGUUCGCCGGCCACUGCUCGGCUUAUAUCGAACGGAAGAUGGCCGAGUCGGGGUGGUACGACCCGCGCGUGGUGACUCGUUACAAGGGUCGCGGCGCGGACGCCUUCAAGGGGCUGUUCGCAUUGGCGAGCAUCCGACGUGGCGAACCGCUUCUCGUCUUCGCCGGCAAGCUUGUCGGCCUCGACUACCUGCUGGGAAGCGACGAACGCGUUCGGGAGCUCUCGCUGCGAGUCAACGAUAACCUCUGGCAGGUGCCGGAUCCGACGCGUGGGCCCGAGACGCCCGAUUUCAUCAACCACUCGUGCGAUCCAAACUGCGGAUUGGAAGACUCGGUGACGGUGGUGGCCUUGCGGAACAUCGCGCCAGGCGAAGAGUUGAGCAUCGACUACGGGAGCACCAACGCAGGCGUCGUCCGCACCAGCAGCGACAACUUCAGUUGCCACUGCGGCGCGUCGAUCUGCCGCGGGGUAGUCACGUGCGACGAUUGGCGGCUGCCCGAGCUGCGGCAACGACUAUGGCCGUUCUUCCCGCCGUUCAUCAAGCGGCUGAUCGUGAGAGAGUCGGAGAAGUCGGACUUGAAGCGGUCUGAGAGUGAUGAGUCGUGCGAGUCGAUCGAAGGUGAUGAACUGGCCUUCACCACGAAGAUGAAGAAACAGUGGCGUAACCUAAUAGUGCUAUGGCGUGAGUAUAAGAAGGCCGACGAGGGGUCGGGCAACGGCUCCGUGGAGAAACCACCUUGGUACUCGUACGUUGACCUGCACAACCAGGACACCGCCGCAGCCGCACCUCAUGCCGUGGACGGAGGUGGCGCGAAUAACGUCAACGUCCCGGCAGGCAUGGAGGUUCCGCAAUCGUCCCAGCCAGGCACGUCAACCCCUUGUUUCACUGCUCCUCCGCCAACGACUCCUGCCACACCGAGGCGUGCCCGGGUGCAUGAGACGGCCACCAUGCAAGCGGCCAUGCUCGUAUCUGCCACCAUCAAGGACUGCCAUGGCGACGCUAUGAACCGCAUCGAAGGCCUCGUCCGUCAAUGGAUGGCGCAAGAUCUCAGACUUGCCCGUGAGCGUAUGACAGAGUCGGCUCCCCCGGAUGUGCACCGCACGCCCCAUGAAUUCUCUCCACCGCCGCCACGCGGGGAGUCCGCGCCUGCUCCCGAAACCGCACGGACGCGUGUGGACGAGGGCGACGGCGACACCGCUAUGUCGGCGGAUGAGGAUGUGGAAGUAUGGGUUCGCGGCGCCGACGAUUAG